AUGAUGAAGAUGAUGAGAAACAAACCGGCAAAUCUUCCGGCGGCGGCGAUUAACGGCGGCAGAGCUUCCGGCGGCGGUGGUGGCGGCAGGGAGUCAGGCGGUCAUGAUUGGGAAAUGAGACCCGGAGGAAUGCUGGUUCAGAAACGCAACCCGGAUUCGGAUCCUGUCGGAGCUCCACCGCCGCCGAUGAUCAGAGUCAGAAUCAAGUACGGUUCGGUGUACCAUGAGAUCAGUAUUAGCCCUCAAGCUUCAUUUGGGGAGCUAAAGAAGAUGUUGAGUGGACCAACGGGUAUUCACCAUGAAGAUCAGAAACUAAUGUACAAAGACAAAGAAAGAGACUCAAAGGCCUUUCUUGAUGUCUCGGGAGUGAAAGAUAAAUCCAAGAUGGUGCUUAUCGAAGACCCUAUUAGCCAAGAGAAGCGUUUCUUGGAGAUGAGGAAGAUUGCCAAAACGGAAAAGGCCUCUAAAGCGAUUUCCGAUAUCAGCCUCGAAGUAGAUAGGCUCGGCGGAAGGGUUUCAGCGUUUGAGAUGGUUAUCAAGAAAGGAGGGAAAAUCGCGGAGAAAGAUCUUGUUACGGUGAUUGAAUUGUUGAUGAAUGAGUUGAUAAAGUUGGAUGGGAUUGUAGCUGAAGGAGAUGUGAAGUUACAAAGAAAGAUGCAGGUGAAGAGAGUGCAGAAUUAUGUUGAAAUACUCGAUGUCUUGAAGGUAAAAAACUCUAUAGCUAAUGGGCAACAGAAACAGUCAAGUGGUAAGAGACUUGAAACGAUUCAAGAACAUACCAAUGGACAGAGGCAAGAACAGAAACCGGUACAAUCGCUUAUGGACAUGCCUAUAAACUACAAAGAGAAGAAGCAAGAGAUUGAAGAGGAGCCAAGAAAUUCAGGAUCAGGACCAAAUCUUAUGGAUUCUUCUACUAAAUGGGAAACAUUUGAUCAUCAUACCGUGGCUCCAUUGAGCUCGACUACUGCAAAUAAUCACACUAUCCCUCCCAGGUUCAAUUGGGAAUUCUUUGAUUGA